AUGUGUGGCAUUUUUGCGUGUUAUAGAAAAGAUGACAUCGAGUCAUUUAAGCCCACCGCACUACGGCUAUCUAAGCGGGUGAGGCAUCGCGGCCCGGACUGGUCGGGCAACGUAAUUAAGAAUGACACGAUCUUGGUCCAUGAACGUCUAGCCAUUGUCGGACUUGACUCGGGUGCUCAGCCCAUCAAUUCGCCAGAUGGAAACUAUGUUCUAUGCGUCAACGGCGAGAUCUACAACCACAUCCACCUACGCGAGGAGUGCUCCGAUUACGAAUUCACUUCCCUCUCCGAUUGUGAGCCUAUUAUCCCACUGUAUCUCAAGUAUGACGUGGAGACGCCGCAGCAUUUGGACGGGAUGUUUGCGUGGUGUCUGUACGAUGUGCAGCGCGACCGUAUCGUAGCUGCUCGUGACCCAAUCGGGGUGACAACUCUUUACAUGGGUAAGUCUUCAUCCUCGCCUCGGACACGGUAUUUUGCCUCUGAACUGAAGUGUCUUGUAGACGAGUGUGACGAGAUCACGGCCUUCCCGCCCGGUCACGUGUAUGACUCUGACACUGACAAGCUGACUCGUUAUUUCAAGCCCGAUUGGAUAGAUGAGACGCGUAUUCCAUCCCAGCCAGUAGACUAUAAGGCCGUGCGUACUACAUUGGAGAAGGCAGUGCGCAAGCGGUUGAUGGCGGAGGUGCCUUACGGUGUUCUGUUGUCGGGCGGGCUUGACUCAUCGUUGAUUGCGUCGAUCGCCGCGCGUGAGACUGAAAGAGCUAACCGCGAGGCGGGUGAUGUGUAUGCAGAUGGGAAACACCUAGCGGGGAUGGACGACCGCGGGCUUCUACACACGGGUGGCUGGUCGCGCCUGCACUCGUUUGCGAUUGGGUUGCCAAAUGCUCCAGACCUACAGGCUGCUCGGAAGGUUGCCAAGUUCAUCGGUUCGAUCCACCACGAGCACACUUUCACACUGCAAGAAGGGCUGGAUGCCCUAGACGAUGUGAUCCACCAUUUGGAGACAUACGACGUGACUACUAUCCGUGCGUCGACACCGAUGUUCUUGCUAUCUCGGAAAAUCAAGGCACAGGGCGUCAAGAUGGUGCUGUCGGGCGAGGGCUCUGACGAAAUAUUUGGUGGUUACCUGUACUUUGCGCAGGCGCCAUCGCCAGCGGAGUUCCACACCGAGACUGUCAAGCGUGUGAACAACUUGCACCUGGCGGACUGUUUGCGCGCCAAUAAGUCCACUAUGGCAUGGGGGCUAGAAGCACGUGUGCCAUUCCUAGACCGCGAAUUCCUCCAGCUCUGCAUGAACAUCGAUCCCGCGGAGAAGAUGAUCGCUCCGCAAAAGGGCCGCAUUGAGAAGUACAUCCUACGUAAGGCUUUUGACACUUCCGACGAGCCUGGAGUUGACCCAUAUUUGCCCGAGGAGAUACUAUGGCGCCAGAAGGAGCAGUUCUCGGAUGGCGUCGGCUACUCAUGGAUCGACGGCCUCAAGGACGCCGCCGAGCGCGCCAUAUCAGACGAGCAGUUUGCGAACCCGAACCCCGCGUGGGGUGACGAUAUUCCAACAACGAAGGAGGCAUUCUGGUACAGGCUCAAGUUUGAUGCUCUGUUCCCACAGCCGACAGCCGCCGCAACCGUGAUGAGAUGGGUGCCAAAGGCCGACUGGGGCUGCGCCGAGGAUCCAUCUGGCAGAUAUGCGAAGAUCCACGACCAGCAUAUUUCCUCAUAA